AUGGAGACCGCCCGGGACUGCGCCGGAGCCCUCCUAAGGCGAGUGCCGCGCCCGCAGCCAUGCUGGGACAUCGCGCGCCUGUGUCCCGGCUCCUCCCGCUCCCUGCGUUCCCCACGCUUCUCGGUCCCUACGUCCUGCGCCUGCAGGUUCUGUGUGUUUGCUCGACCUGGCCAAGUCAGAAACCGCUGCGUGUCCCCUGUCCCUUUCGUCUGGCCGCAUGUGCCAGGAGUGGCGCUGCGGAGGUGUGUGGAAGUCCGGGAUGGCUAUCUUGAGGGCAGCAGAGGACCAGAAAUGAUUGCUGCCUUGUCUUGUCAGAAGUCAAAAGACAAUAUGAACUCUGAAUUUGUAACCUACGCUGGGUUACCAAAGCCCCUGUCAUUUAUGGGGUCACAAACAAAGAGAGUCCUGUUUAAUCCCCUCAUGCAUUCAGCUCGUCCUUUCCGAGUCUCAAACCAUGACCGGAGCAGCCGGAGGGGAGUGAUGGCCAGCAGCCUGAAGGAGCUCAUCAGUAAGACCCUGGAUGCCCUAGUUAUCACUGCCGGGAUGGUCACUUUGGUGCUGGAGGAAGAUGGCACAGUGGUGGAUACAGAAGAAUUCUUUCAGACGUUAGGAGAUAACACACAUUUCGUGAUCUUGGAAAAAGGACAAAAGUGGACCCCGGGUAGUAGGUAUGCUCCAGGUUACCAGCAGCCAAAGAAAUCGGGAAUAGCAAGGAUCACCUUCGACUUAUACAAAUUGAACCCCAAGGACUUCAUUGGCUGCCUCAAUGUGAAGGCCACCAUGUAUGAGAUGUAUUCUGUGUCCUACGACAUCCGGUGUACCAGUGCCAAGGCCCUGCUGAGAAGCAUGCUGCGGUUCCUGUCCUAUGCCACCCAGGUGACUGGGCAGUUUCUCAUCUAUACAGGCUCCUACAUGCUGCAGGCACUCAGUGACCCUGAAGAGCCUCCUGCUUCCAGAUCACGCUCCAAGGGAAAGUUCAUGUACGGAAUACGAUGGAGAUGGAGAAUGUUUUACAAAGGCAUGCCCGACCUCCUUUCCAAAGUCCCCCACCAUCUGUCGGGAGGGCUGGCGCGGGCGGGGUCCACGGAGCGGGGUCAUCCGGGGCCGAGGCGCAGGUCUUCGCGGCCCCCAGUCUCUAGCCGACUGUGGGAUCGCGUCACUCACGAAGAGUUCCGCGGCGGCGAUCCGGGCAAGUGA